AUGAAGUUAUAUUUUUCGUCGGAUAAGUUUAAGAAAUUCAUUCCUGAUUGGAUCACCAUAGUGGUAUUAAUCAUUAUAUUCUUUAAUGUAUUAGAAACUGCACCACCAUUCACAAGACAAUUUUCCAUUAAUGAUUCAAGAAUUUCUCAUCCAUUUGCCAAACAAGAAAGAUUUACUGAUAAUGAGUUAUAUUUAUGGAGUUUGAUCGUUCCUUCUAUUUUAGUAUCACUUAUAUCCUCAUUCUUUGAUAAAUUACACCUUCUACAAGUAUCCAACGUAGGAUUAUGGUUCAGUGUUGUCUUUGCAGCAGUAUUAACUGAUAUUUUGAAAUGUUGGAUUGGAAAUCCCAGACCUGAUUUCCUUAGUAGAUGUGGACCAAAAGCAUCUACUCCAAUUGACGUUCUUGUCGAUAUAGAUUGUUGUACCCUGCCAUUGGGUCCAAUGUAUCUUAUGGAUGGAAUGAAAUCAACUCCAUCCGGUCAUUCUUCAAUGUCAUUUGCAGGAUUAUUAUAUCUUUCAUUCUGGUUAUUUGGUCAAUUCAAAGUAUUAUCAAAGGGCGCUACUCCUCAUAAAUUCAUAUCUAAUUUAUAUCUUUAUUUGGCCUUCUCGUUACCGGUAUUAUUUGCUAGUUAUAUUGCCUUAAGUAGGACUCAAGAUUAUAGACAUCAUUUCUUUGAUGUUGGGUUUGGAUCCUUGAUUGGGAUUGUGAUGGCUUAUUUCAGUUAUUUCAAGUAUUUUAAUGCUUUAUUUGAUGUGAAUAGUCAUUUACCCAUUGAUUAUUAGAAUGGUGAUUAGUUUGUGAUUUAUAGUUUGUUUGUUUGAUUUUUUUUUGUUUGUUCUGUUUAUAGAGUUGAUAUUUUCUUAUCAACUAUCAACCCACCAUAGAAUACAUAUACCUAAUAUUUAUCAUUUCUACAAUGACAUAAACU